UAAUUUAAUGUAUAAGUUGCUAUAUUAUGGUUAGUGAAACUAUCAAAGGCAUCACAGCUCUCCUUACUGAGCACCUUGCAAAAUCUCUUGCAAUUAUCUUUGGAAAGCAUGUUCAAAGGGCUAUUUCUUUGUGUAUUGUUUGCUGUGCUCUCAGCACAGUCAAUGGCUCAGCCAACAGCCUCUGCAGAUGAAGAGGCAAAUGCAAAUGAACGAGUAGCUCGAAAAUUGGGAUUUGAAAAUUUUCUGGUAAAGGCUUUAAAGACUGUAAUGCAUGUGCCUACAAGUCCUUUAUUAGGGCGACGGGAAGCCAAUGAUCGCCGCUUUGCUGAUGGACCUAAUGCAGUGAGUCAAACAGAGUACGAGGGUUGGAUGGAUUUUGGCCGCCGCAGUGCCGAAGAAGAGUAAUACUGUUCUGGAGAACAUUAAAUAUAUAAAAAUGCAUCUGUUUCUGUACAAAUGAAAUAAAGCAUUCCCUACCUGAAGGAA